UCGUUCGAACUUAUCCUCCUCACAUGGAUGUAACAACAUUUUAUGUUCACAAUGAUGGUAUUCUGUCUUAGUUUUCCUCUUCGAAAUCAAAGCUCGUAGUGCGUUUUUGAGCAAUUUUGUGCAAAGCAAAAAUGGCAUUUCAAAGUGCACUUAAUGUUCCAAAGACAUGUGCUAGUUUUGCAGCGAAACAGUUUAGAUUUGGACGAGCAACCAAGCUUAUUCAGCGUAAUUUUAAGACAAGACCAGUGCCACUGGUAAAUCAUAAUAUAGAAAAGCCACAUUUCAACACUGAAAAGUAUAAUCCAGAAGGAAUGUUUAGUCCAUCUGUAGUGAAGUUCAUGGAAAACAGAUAUUUGGAGAAUGACAAAGGAAAAAAUGCCAUUGUCACAAAUUUCAAAGAUGCUACCCCUGUUGGCAUGGUACUUUUGAAUGAUUUUGUAUUUGCAACAAAUCCAAGGAUAGACAUCAUUCACAGAGUAAUGGUUUGGCAGAGAGCAUGUAUGCGAAAGGGUAGUGCUUGUGUAAAAAACAGAUCUCAAGUAAGUGGUGGUGGAAGGAAGCCUUGGCCACAAAAAGGUACUGGAAGAGCAAGGCAAGGAAGUAUUCGUGCUCCUCAUUGGAGAAAAGGUGGUGUGGCACUGGGACCAGUUCCUAAAAGUUUCAAAUAUAACCUCCCCGUGAAGGUGCAAAGAAUGGGCCUCAGAGCUAUCUUGUCUUGCAGAUAUGCUCAGGGUGAUCUUCACAUUGUUGAAAACUUUGAUGAUCUAAGCCCAUAUGAAGAGGAUUUAAUCCCGAUUCUUGAGAGAAGAGGAUGGAUGCGUGCCACACUUGUUGAUGGUUUUGAAAAUGAAUCACUUCGAAACGCCACUGCAUCAAUGAGAACGGUGAUCACCAACAACUGCUUGGACGUCAACGUUCUGGAGAUUCUCAAUACCGACAAACUAGUCUUGUCACUAGAAGCAGUCGAAUUUAUAGAGAACCGGCUUUGUGAGGACAAUAGAAUAAUAACUGAUCCCCUUUAUCGAUUUUUGACAUGCAAGCCGUAUGAAAAAUCUCACCUCAAUGAAUUGCUGGCUGAACGAAGACCCCUGAAAGAAAACGACGAAGAAUUGAACACACUGACGGCGUGAACCGCGAGCUGACUUUUUCAUUUGUACUACUAUCGUUUGGAUACAAAGUAUUUCAUACUUGUCCUUGUUUCUCAUUUCCAUGCAUUUUCUUUACAUAACGUUCUUCUUCUUUUAAUUAUAAACCAA